AUGUUGCUGCACCUGCAACAAAAGCCCCAGUUCGUCUGCUUUUACUUAAGUUUGAUGAUUUGGUCAUGGUCAUGGUGGAGUCUUGACGGCGUCGUUUCGGACCCACAGACCAACUUCGUAAAACUAGGGUGCACCCAGUACAACGUGAGUGACUUGUCCAUCUUCAGUGACAACUUAAACAUAACUCUGAGAGACCUGAGAGCUCAAAUCAGCAACCAGAGCAAGCACUUCGCGACGGCGCAGGCCGUGAAGGGUAACAAUCCGGCGUACGGCCUUUUCCAGUGCAGAAACUGCCUCUCCAUCAAAGAUUGCCUCGCUUGCUUCGACUUCGCCGCCGUUCAUAUACGAAACUGCUCUGUCGGCGUCGCCGGUGCCCGUAUCAUCUACGAAGGUUGCUUCCUCAGGUAUGAGAGCAGUGGAUUCUUCGAUCAGAACACAGAUGCUGGGAACAACAUAAUCUGUGGGAAUCAGACGAUCAGAAACACCACAGGACUUUCUUCAACUGUGCAACAAGUUCUAACGAAUCUGGACAUAGCAGCCCCAAGAAUCAGUGGUUUUUAUGCAGCCACUAAGACGCCUGUGCCUAACAGUAAUGGCUCAAACAUUUAUGCCAUUGCUCAAUGUAUUGAAACUCUCACACAAGUUGGCUGCCAGGAUUGCCUCAACAUUGCCUUAAGAAAUUUCCAGAUCUGUCUUCCCAACUCAAAUGCUAAGACUUAUGAUGCUGGUUGUUUCAUGAGAUACUCCACCACAGCCUUCUUUGCUGAUAAUCAAACCAUUAAUAUUAAUCCCUUCUUGAAAGAAGGGGGAGGUUCAAGGAAGAAAGAGGCCAUUAUCGGGGGAGGGGUUGGAGGUGGAUCUUUUCUUUUGAUUCUCCUCGCAUUAUUUGCUUUGUACAGACGAUUGAAGUCGUCCAAGAGGAUUCAUAGAGGAGACAUAUAUGGAGUAAGUAAGUGGAAAGGCCUGAUUAAUUUUAGCUAUAGGGAGUUGAAGUUUGCCACUAAAGGUUUCAGUGCAAAAAAUAAGCUUGGAGAAGGAGGAUUUGGUGCUGUAUAUAAGGGCACUUUGAAGAAUGGGAAAAUAGUUGCUGUAAAGAAAUUAACUUUACGCCAGUCUAAGAAGGUGGAGGAAGAAUUUGAAAGUGAAGUGAAGCUUAUAAACAAUGUUCAUCAUCGAAAUCUUAUUCGGCUUCUUGGGUGUUGCAGUCAAGGCAAUGAGAGAAUUCUUAUUUAUGAAUAUAUGAAAAACACCAGUCUUGACAAAUUCUUAUUUGGUAAAAACAGAGGUUCUCUUAAUUGGAAGCAGCGGUAUGAUAUAAUUUUAGGAACAGCAAGGGGUUUGGCUUAUCUACAUGAAGAAUUUCAUGUUCGUAUCAUACAUAGAGAUAUAAAAACCAAUAAUAUUCUCUUAGAUGAUGAUCUCCAACCAAGAAUUGCUGAUUUUGGUUUAGCAAGGCUUCUACCUGAGGAGAAAACUCAUCUUAGCACAAAAUUUGCAGGAACAUUAGGAUACACGGCCCCAGAAUAUGCAAUCCAUGGUCAAUUAUCAGAAAAGGCUGAUAUUUAUAGCUAUGGCGUUGUAGUCUUAGAAGUUAUGAGUGGUGAACGAAGCAAUGAAUUGAAUUUUGAAGGCGAAUUCCUCAUUCGAAAAGCUUGGAAGCUAUAUGAGAGAGGCAUACACAUAGAGUUGGUGGAUGAUACCUUGGAUCCUAGUGAUUAUAAUGCAGAAGAAGUGAAGAAAAUCAUAGAAAUUGGUCUACUUUGCACCCAAGCAUCUGCAGAAUUAAGGCCAUCAAUGUCUGAAGUAAUUGUUUUGCUCCAAGGCAAUGACUUAUUAGAGAAUAUGAUGAAACCCACCAUGCCUAUCUUGAUUGAAACUUAAUUGUAUGGGUCCCUGUGACCCAUCUCUACCAUUACUGCUUCCCUCGUCAAUCGCCAAGCCCAUCACUUUUUUAGCAGACUAUUGUAUUUCCAAGAAUCUGUGGCUAAGCGUGAUAUUUCUACCCUUACCCAAUUGUCAACAAAGAUUUCAAGCAAGAAAACACAUAUAUACAUA